GAGGAGGCCGCCACUAGCAACUAACCUCAGCUUCCUAAACUCAACAGAAAGGUUUGUAGUACGAGGGAGUGAGGACCCCGAGUCCACCAGCUCAACCCCGGCCCCGCCCCGUCGGCCUGGCCCGGGGCUGGGAGGAGAGGAUGCCUUUGGAGGCGCAGAAUCCGAAAAUAUGGAUCAACUCAUAAACAACUUGGAGGUCCAACUUAAUUCAGAAGGUGGCUCAAUGCAUAUAUUCAAACAGGUCACUGGCCCUGUUAAAAUUAGAGAUUCCCUUAAGGCAGCAGACAGAGGUAAUAUGACAUCUCCACCACUCCUGGAUGCCAACCCCAUGGAGAACCCAGCACUGUUAAAUGACAUCAAGAUUGAGCCCCCAGAAGAACUUCUGGCUAAUGAUUUCAACCUGCCCCAGGUGGAACCAGUUGACCUCUCCUUUCACAAGCCAAAGUCUCCUCUUCAGCCUGCCAGUAUGCUGCAAGCUCCAAUACGUCCUCCCAAGCCACAGUCUGCUUCCCAGACUCUUGUAGUAUCCACUUCAACAUCAGACACAGGCACUUCAGCAAAUAUCCCUACUGUUCUGACUCCAGGCUCUAUCCUGGCCUCCUCUCAGGGCACUGGUGGCCAGCAGAUCUUACAUGUGAUUCACACCAUCCCCUCAGUCAAUCUGCCAAAUAAGAUGGGUAGCCUGAAGGCCAUCCCAGUGGUGGUGCAGUCGCUGCCCAUGGUGUAUACUACUUUGCCUGCAGAUGGGAGCCCUGCAGCCAUUACAGUCCCACUCAUUGGAGGAGAUGGCAAAAAUGCUGGAUCAGUGAAAGUUGACCCCACCUCCAUGUCUCCACUGGAGAUCCCAAGUGACAGUGAGGAGAGUACAAUUGAGAGUGGAUCCUCAGCCUUACAGGAUAUUCAGGUACAAGAACCAGCAGCAAUAAGCCAAAUGCAGGGAGAAGAGUCCCUUGACUUGAAGAGAAGACGGAUUCACCAGUGUGACUUUGCGGGAUGCAGCAAAGUGUACACAAAAAGCUCUCACCUGAAAGCCCACCGAAGAAUCCAUACAGGAGAGAAGCCUUAUAAAUGCACCUGGGAUGGCUGCUCCUGGAAAUUUGCUCGCUCAGAUGAGCUAACCCGCCAUUUCCGCAAGCACACAGGCAUCAAGCCUUUCCGGUGCACAGACUGCAAUCGUAGCUUUUCUCGCUCUGACCACCUGUCUCUGCACCGCCGGCGCCAUGACACCAUGUGAGCGGCACAGACUGCACUAGAAGAGCUGCACUGGUCUUUUUCUUGUGUGUGUGUGUGUGUGUGUGUGUGUGUGUGUGUGUGUGUGUGCGCGUGCACGCGCGCGCAAUGGGGUCAUGACCAUCUUUUCCUCUUUGACUCAGCUUGCCUCUGGGAUGGGAUUGGAACAGUUCACUGAGCCAGGCUGACGAAACUGGAGGAAAAGAUAGCUGAUCUUCCAUGGGGACUCUUUACAUUCCACCUUCAUUUCUCCACUGACUAGUCCCCAGUUUUUUCAACCUCCGCAUGGGUUGAAUUCCAGUGCGGCACCCAUGGUUGCCCCCCUCCCGUCCCUGUUAUGAGAUAGGACAUUUUUCCUACAAUAAGAAAACAGGAAUCAAAUUCAAGGCUGUGAACAAACAUACGCUGCUUUUUGUUCUUAUUUUCCUCUUGUUUUAUAGAACU